AUGCAGCCGAGCUCGUUUGAGUUUGGCUUCUUGCUGCAGAUAAAUGAGGAGGAUGAGCUGACAGUGGCCCUGAAUGACUACCUCAUCCCACGCAGCUACCUGGCAGGGUUCAGUCCCUCCCAGGCUGACCUGACAGCCUUUAGACUCCUCUCCCGGCCCCCUGAUCCACAGCACAUCCACGCUUUGCGCUGGUACAGACACAUAGCCACACUUCAGCAGGACCUGAGCACAAAGAGCUGCAUGAAAGGGAAGCGGGUUCAGCCUGUGUGGUCUCCACCAGCAGGAACAGAAGUUCCCCAGCUGAGACUCUACAACAGCCUGACUAGAGCAAAGGAGCCGUUUGUUCCCCAGAAGGGAAAUAAGGUGACGUGGUACUGCUGCGGGCCAACAGUUUAUGAUGCGUCACACAUGGGACAUGCCAGGUCCUACAUUUCUUUUGAUAUCCUUCGGAGAAUACUAAGGGACUACUUCAAGUUCGACGUUCUUUACUGCAUGAACAUCACAGAUGUCGAUGAUAAAAAAAUUCAGGGUCACUUCAUCACCAACGACCCCCGGCGCAUCUGGAAGGCAGAUGUGAGAAAGACCCUCCAGGGAAUCGAUCCCUGUAUGGCUGCAGGCCCCAUCAACAUCCCAGGGCAGGUACUGAAGGACUACGCAUACCUGCUGUCUGUGGUGAUGGUGGACAUCUUCAGCACCUCACUGUCAAUGGCAGUUGGCCCCACCUGCUUUAAGUCCGCCACUAUUGUCCAUGUACCCAAAUGCUCCACAGUGACAGGCCUGAAUGACUACCGACCUAUAGCCUUAACAUCGAAGACCAAGGAGAUGGUGGUAGAUCCUCUUCAUCCCCUACACAUCAGAGGAGCAGCUGUGGAGGUGGUCUCGUGCUACAGGCCCACCUGCGUCAACUUCCUCAGCAAGGUGUGGAGAGCUGGACUUAGGAGCUCUGUCCUGAGGAGCUUCUAUGGCUGUGUGGUGGAGAGCGUUCUCUGCCACUGCAUCACCGUGUGGCACGGCAGCUGCACUGCUGCUGAGAGGAUGGCUCUGCAGAGGGCGGUUAAGACUGCACAGAAGACUGUGGGGAGCAGCCUUCCCACCACCUCGGACCUCUACACCAUGAUGCAGGGGAGGGUCCUUCCUGCUGAUGUUCUGACUCGAGUCAGUGAAUAUGUUCCUGAGAUUGUGGAGUUUGUGAAGAAGAUUGUUUCAAACGGUUAUGGAUAUGAAUCAAAUGGUUCAGUUUACUUUGACACCCAGAAGUUUGAUUCCAGUCCUCUACACUCUUAUGCCAAGCUGGUGCCAGAAGCAGUUGGAGACCAGAAAGCAUUACAGGAGGGAGAAGGAGACCUGAGCAUCUCUGCAGACAGACUCGGUGAGAAAAAGUCCCAGAAUGAUUUUGCUUUGUGGAAAGCUUCAAAACCUGGAGAGCCAUCGUGGGACUCUCCAUGGGGCAAGGGACGACCGGGGUGGCACAUCGAAUGUUCUGCCAUGGCUGGUUCUAUUCUGGGGGAGUCCAUGGACAUUCAUGGAGGGGGGUUUGACCUUCGGUUCCCACAUCACGACAACGAGCUGGCUCAAUCUGAGGCUUUCUUUGAGAACGAUUACUGGGUUCGAUACUUCCUGCACACCGGUCAUCUGACUAUCGCCGGCUGCAAGAUGUCCAAAUCUCUCAAGAAUUUUAUCACCAUAAAAGAAGCUUUGGUAAAAAACACAGCUCGUCAGCUCCGUUUGGCUUUCUUGAUGCAUUCCUGGAAAGAUACCCUGGACUACUCCUCCAACACAAUGGAGUCAGCCAUCCAAUACGAGAAGUUCAUGAAUGAAUUCUUCCUCAACGUGAAGGACAUUCUGCGCGCUCCUACAGACUUCACUGGUCGCUUUGAGAAGUGGGAGUCUGCAGAAGUGGAACUAAACAGCAGUUUCUAUGACAGGAAGUCUGCUGUCCACCAGGCUCUGUGUGACAACGUGGACACCCGCACUGCCAUGGAGGAGAUGAGGGUCCUGGUUGGCCAGAGCAACUCUUACAUCGCCAACAGGAAGAGCGCCAAGCUGAGGCCGAACCGCAUGCUGCUGGAGAGCAUCGCCAUGUACAUCACCAGCAUGCUGAAGAUAUUCGGUGCAAUUGAAGGAUCUGAGCCUAUAGGUUUUCCUGUGGGAGGACCAGGUCAGAGUGUAGAUCUGGAGAGCACGGUGAUGCCAUACCUCACAGUUCUGUCUGACUUUCGAGAGAAUGUCAGGAAAAUUGCUCGAGAGCAGAAAGUGACAGAGUUGCUUGGGGUCUGUGACGUCAUCCGUGACGAUACGUUACCAGAACUGGGAGUUCGACUGGAGGAUCAUGAAGGUCUACCCACUGUGGUGAAACUGGUGGACAAGGAGAUGUUACUGAAAGAGAAGGAAGAGAAGAAGAAGAUGGAAGAAGAGAAGAAAAGAAAGAAGGAAGAGGCUGCAAGAAAGAAACGAGAACAAGAGAUGGCCAAACUCAACAAAAUGAAGAUCCCUCCCUGCGACAUGUUUCGCUCUGAAACUGACAAAUAUUCCAAAUUUGAUGAGACGGGUUUCCCCACUCAUGAUGCUGAAGGGAAAGAGCUCAGUAAAGGACAAGCAAAGAAGCUGCGUAAACUCUACGAGGCUCAAGAAAAGCUGCACAACGAGUAUCUGCAGAUGAACCAGAACGGCAACUGACGGUUCACAAACUGUCCAGGCGAUCCACCGGACACUAACGCCACCAAAAUAAAAGUCAACAGAUGCUGUGUCACAAUUUAUCUCAAGUUGAUCAUGUUUAGAUCUCAUAACAUGAUGAUGAUUCUAUUUUGUAUAUUUCAAAACCUUUUGAACUGAUUCCAUAAACCUGGAUUUUAUCAAAGUGAUGAAGAACUGUGCGA